CACGUCAAAGUGUUCUUUGCGCGAAUUCACUCUCAAAUGCAGGAGCAGGUCGUGGUACAAGUAAAACACAAUGUUGCCAUUCGUAUCAGCGUGUUCCAUUCACUUUUCUUUUUUUCCUGCCAAGGUCCUUCAACGACUUAAGCGGGACGUUCCAGACGCCCGUAGCAAAGUAACAGCAGUAAGAGGGGACUUGGCGCUGCCAGACCUGGGACUAAGUAAAGCUGACAUGGCCACCAUAAUCGCAGAAGUGUCGGUCGUUUUCCACCUCGCGGCCACAGUCAGGUUUCAUGACUCGCUAAAGCGAAUGGUCCAGCUGAAUGUCAUGGGUACACGGAGCAUGGUAAACAUCUGUAGGCAAAUGCCAAACCUUUGUGCAUUUGUUCACGUGUCAACUGCAUACAGUAACUGGAGCAGAAGAGAAGUGCAGGAAAUGGUGUACCCAGCUCCUAUAGACGCAGAAAGCCUUAUCGCAAUCACUGAGUCUUUAAGUGAGAAGGUUGUGGAAUCUAUGAGCGAGCUUCAGUUUGGCCAGCCGAAUAAUUACGCUUUGAGCAAGGCUGUCGCUGAGUCUCUUCUGCUGGAUAAACAAAGAGAGCUUCCCCUUGCUAUCGUCAGGCCCUCUAUUGUUACUGCAUCGUGGAAGGAGCCAUACCCGGGGUGGAUAGACAAUUACAAGGCCUGCACAGGAAUCGUCGUGUCGCAUGGAUUUUUUUCUGGUUGCUCAACAACAACCAAGCUUGUCAGCUAUGUGGUGCAGAUUUCCACGCCCGUGAAGAGGCCAACGCAGCUGAAGGUGUACAACUGUACCAGUAGCGCCUUUCAAACGCACACAUGGGGUGAGGUGCUGGCGCAAGUAAAAAGGAUUACGGUGCAAUUCCCCUUGCCGAAUGUGGUACGCGCCCCCGGCGUCAUGGUGACCACCAGCAAAGUCUUGUAUCGUCUGAGCCUGUUCUUUCGGUGUUACGUGCCUGCAUUCUUUGGAGACCUCGCCUUGCGGUUAACUGGGAAGAAAGCUAGCUUUGUUGCCAAGUAUCGCAAGGCUAUAAGUGGCAUGGACGCUACGAGCUUUUACACCACCAACAGCUGGCUAUUCCGAUCAGACAACGUCAUGGAACUGAUGAACGAUAUGUCUCCAACAGACAAGCAGUUGUUCGACAUUGACGUUCGGAAGCUGGACUGGUGCCAGUACUGGGAUAACUACAUGUUGGGCAUUCGCAAGUAUCUCUUCAAUGUCGAGGAUACAGAGCUCCAGCAAGGGCGUGAAAACGUCUGA